AUUUUUUUAUAGGUAUUUUAAAAUUAAAAAAAUAUAUUAUCAAAAAAGACACUAGAGCCUUAUUUGAUUUAAUCCAAUAGAGUUAAUAUAUCAUUAAAACCAUGAAUUGAAUUAUCUAUGUAUGUAUGUAUUUGUUAUAGAUAUGAAUUAUAAUUAUUAAUUAAUUAGUUUGCAAUUAAUUAUAAUAUGAAUAUCUAUUAAUCCUGAAAAUAAAUUUUGGAUUAAUUUAAUUUGUUUGCUCUUCUUUAUUUAUUUCUUUCUUUCUCUCUUUUUUAAUUUGUUUUUGAAUUCAUAAUUUUUUUAAAUUUUGAAGUAGGAGGGAAUUUUUUGUAAUUAUAAAAAAGUGAUUGUAAUUAAUAAGGUGAUAUUUUUUUUUGUUUUGCUUAAUUAAUUUUUGAGAUAAGAUUAUUUAUUUAUUAUAUACUAAAAAGGAAUAUUUACAAAUUUUUAAUAAUAAAAUUUUUUAUCAUUCAUUUGAAGAAACAAAUUUAUUAAACUAUUGGCCAUAAUAGAUAGAUAGAUAGCGUUGUCACAAAAUUCUGAUUUUUCAAAAAUAAAUAACUCUAGCUAGGUUCAAGCAAUAAUUCUACUACCUACUAUAAUUUUAAAAGAGUCUUCAAUAAUUAAUAAAGAUUAAGAUAAGCAAGCAAUUAUGGAUUCUACAUUAACUUAAGAUGUUUAGUCUUCUAAUCCAUAGGCGAUGAACAAGUUUGAAAAUACAAAGAGAAAGAAACCUUGGGAAGUAUUUAAGAAGCAAACAAUAGAAGAAGAAAAACCAGAGAGUGUUUAGUAGUUUGAUUCAUUCCGUGAUAAGUGUGCUCACAACAUGUAAAGUGGAGCUGGCUUUACAGCAUUCUUAAAUAAUGCAAUGUAGCAAGAUAAUAACUUCUAGAUUAAGCUGAAUAAGAACUAAUAUUAUUAAAAUUUAAAUAAGAACAAAAAGCUAUUUGGCUUAAAUAACUAUUAAAGUACCAAGUCUAAUAAAUAAGGAGGUGGCAACCAAAGCAGAAUAUAAGAAGAUAAUAAUUAGCCUAGAUUUAAUGCAGUAGUCAAGAAUAAUUUUGAAAAAUAAAGCAAUUACCACACAAAAAAGAACGAUGAAACAAAGGAAAACACAAACAACUAAAAUUUUAACAAAUAAAACACCUUUCAUUUUAAUCCAUUCAAUAAACAUGAAUAACAGCAUGCAAAUUAAGAAUUAAGCAAGGACGUUUAGCAUUUGAAUAAAGAUGAAAUUUCUAAGGCCAAAUACCUAGAACGUAAAUAGAAGAAGGUAAGUGAUUUAAUAGAAUAAUAAGCAUCUCGUGCAUUAAGAAGAGAAGAAGGAGAAAACAUACCUUCAGAUGAAGAUCCUUUAAUGAAUUAUUUAUCUGAUUCUUCAUCAAAUGAGUCAGAUGGUGAAGGAAAUAAGAAAAAAACAAAUCUUUCCUCUUCAUAAAAAAAGAAAAGAUCAGGUUUAACAAGAAGGAGAUAAAAAAUUUGCGGCUCAUGGGUAAGAGUUUGUGAUACUUAAAAGCUAGAUAAACCUCCAAGCUAUAAAGAUUAUUUAGGAGCUUUAACUAAUGCUAAAGGAAAAAGACCUUUAGAAGAACUGAAUAAUAAAGACGAUGAUCUAUAUGAAGUCAACAAAGAAUUAGCAUAAGAUGCAGAGGAUGGUGAGUUAAAAGCAGUUGCUGACCUUGAGGAUGGAGAAAUAAAAAUGUAGGAAGAAGAUUUCUUUUUAAAGAAUAAUGCAGAUAUAAAAUUUUAGCAAGAAUUAGAGUUUCCUUUCCCAACAAGAAAAAUUCAGCAAAAGCCUCAUAAAAGCAAAAAUUUUAUGAAUAUUAGUCCCACUAAAAUUUUGAACACACUUAGAAAGACAAGCCUUUUAGAUGAAGAAGAUGAAGCAACUUAUAAAAAAAAGCAAAAAAUUCCUACAAAAGAGGAACUUCUAGAAUAGGAAAAUAAGUUAUUAGAAAAUCAAAGCCAACAAAUUUAAGAUUCUACAAAUCCACUUUAACUUCUUAAGAAAAUGGAUUAACUUGGAAACGAAGCAUUCAAAAACAGAACAGGCAACAACUUUUAAAUGCAAUAAACUCUUGCUGCAUAGCAAGAUCUUUUCCUUCAUUCAUAUUUCAAUAAAUCCAAACAUAAAGGGGAAAAUUUAAAUCAAGAAGGCAACGCUGCAGCAGCCAAAAAAGAGAAAAGAUUUGACCCUAAAAAUUAUUACAUAGAUAUUGAAAAAAAUAUGAUUGAUAAUAAUGUGUAGAUGACUGAAGGACUGCUUGCUCUUGCUAAGAUUUAGAAAGAAUAAUAUGUCUCUGGGGUUAAAAAGAAAACUAAAUAGAAUAAAGAUAUUCUUUCUGGUUCAAAUUUUAGCAGUGGAAGUGGAAGCAAAAUAAAUAAAAUAUUGUAGCAAGAUAGCACAGAGAAGGAAUUAAGAGAUGCUUCCUAGAGAUUAACAAAGUAAGCUGGAAUGAAAGACUUGUAGUCCAAGUUAAAUUUUGAUUAAAAUAACUCACACCCUCUUUUACUUUAAAAAGAGAAGCAGAAUGAAUAAUUUAACAAAGCACUAAAUAAAUACGAAGAAGAAGUAAACAAAAAAGAAGAGCUUAUUAAAUAGAUUUAGUAGUAAAAAAAGAAGGAGGAGAAGAUGAAUCAAAAUACAGAUUAAGCAACCGAAGAAGCUAAGCAAUAAGGGAAAUAAAGUGAUGAUGCUACAGAAGCAAAUGCAGAAGCAAAAGAAGGAGAAGAAAUGGAUAUUGAUGAUGAAGAUUUGAAUGAAUUUGAAAAGUUUAAUGAAGAAUACUUGAAACAGUAAGAAAAAAUGUUAGAGGAGAUAUAGAAAAAAAAUAAAGAAAAGGUGAAUGAAAUUAAAAAUUCCAAGUCUUUAGAUCUUGGAUUAGGCCUAGAAUUUGGAUUAGAUUACUCGUAAAAAGAAGAGCAAUUAAAUCCUCUUGAAAAAAUGAUCCAAGAAGAAUUAGAAAGAAACCGUUAAGACAAACAACAAUAAAAUUUCCGCCUUAUGGAAUUAUAAAAGCUCCAAGGAAAUCAACAUAUUCAGCACGCACAUUUAUUAGCAAAAUCUACUGUAAACGAAACCAAUAAUUCCUACAAGAAUUUAAAUGAUAAUCCUUAUGCUAAAAUAACAUAAUAAAAUUUAUAUGCUAUGUCCAAUAACCCAACUGAUAAUUAAAACAACAAAAGAAGAAAUAAAUUUUCAGAAAUCCCCACUCUUCCUGCUUAAUUUGCUAAUGUUGAAACAUUUGCCUAAAUGGAAAGACUUAAGCAAUUAACCCAAGCACAAAAAUCAUAAAACUAAACCUAAAUCUAACCACCUCAAUAAACCAAAAAAGAAGCAUAUCCAAAUGAAAUGACCUCUCUUUCUCAAUUACAACAAUAGCUAUUCACAAAGAACCAGUAAUUAAUUAAGUAAGAAUUUCCAGACAGAUCAAAAAGCAAAAUGGAACUAGAGCAUUAAGACAGCAAGUCUUCUAAAUUCUCAUCAUAAAUUCCUACUUUUAAUUUGCCAUAAAUUAAUAAUAAGAAUGAAGAUAAUCGCAUUUAAUAGGAAGAACAAAAACCAAUUAGAAAGAUCAGCUUUGAUAAAAGUGUUAACAUUCCAGAAAAUAUCAAAUCCAUGGAAAUGCAAUUAAAACCUGAAAAAUAUGAAAAAAUGGUUCUUGAAUACAUAAACAUGUACAAAAAGUAGAAAGAGGAAAUUCAAAUUGAUAAAAUAAAGGAUCCCAGACUGCGUGCCCGUGCCACCAAUAACUUUGAAGAAAAAAUAUAAUAAUUUGCCUCAUAAUUAGUCAAAGACUAUACUGAAAAAAUAAAUAAUUACAUUCCUAUGGCGAAUGAAGAUAAUAGCUUACCGCUUCCUAGUAUACAAGAUGAUUCUGGAAACAAGAGAAAGACAAGUUUAUUAAGCUUUUCAGUAGAGACAAGCACCAUGCCAGCAUAAGGUAAACAAGAAGUAUCUGAUGAUAAGGUGGUAUACAAUUAUAAAGUACUAAAGAGUGAAAGAAAUUUUAUUACACAAGAGAAAAAUUUAAUUGAAAAGCAUAGUGCUUUAUCUUUCCUUUAAGGAUCUUCUUAAGGUCCUGAUUAAUUCCAAUUACUUCGCAUGCCUUAGAAAGAAGAAUCAACUGAAAAUUAGAAUGAUGAAUUUAAGGAUCUAUUUAAGAAUGAAAAAGAAUUAAGAUACUUUAAAGAAAAUAAAGCAAUAACUUGCUUUAAGUGCCAUAGAAACGGUCAUACAGCAUAAUUAUGUACAAAUCAGUCUGAAGAAAGAAGUAAAUGUGUCUUCUGUCUUGGCGAUCACUCAAAAGAUUACUGUACCAACUAUGUUUGCUUCAAGUGCUAUCUAGUUGGUCACCGUAUUAAAGAUUGUGCUUUUGAGCAAUCUAUGGAUUAAUCUCGCUGCAGAAUCUGCAGAAAGAAAGGACACACUUUAAAACAAUGUGGAUCUCUUAAUUUAGACAUAGUUUAGAAAAGCUAUGAUUUCUACUCCAUGAACGAAACAAUUUGCUUAAAUUGCAGAGAGCCUGGGCAUAUUAACUGUUUUAAUCCUUAAUUAUACAUUAAUUAUGAUGGACUAUAUAAGCUAGAUCAAGAAACCCUAGAUAAAUUAUUUUGAAUUUGAAUAGUUCAAUAAAUUAAUUGCCACAAACCUUCAUUGAGAAAAUCUAAAGCAGUAAUUAGAUUUUAUAAAAUCAUUUGCACUACGAAAUCUGCCUCGAGUUUUGAGUGAAUAAAUAAAUAUUAUAUCAUAAAAAUAAUUUCAAUUUAUAAAGAAAACUAACACACAAACAAUAAAUAAAUACAAAAAAGAAAAAUUUAAUCCAUAUUACUUUAAUUAAGCAAUAAAUAAAUAAAUAAAUAUAUUUUUAACUAAAUCAUUAAAUAAAUAAAUAAAAAAUGAAUUUCUAUUUUAAAUUUCAAAAUAAAUUAUGUUUGUACUAAUUAUUAUAGUAUAUUUAUAAGCUUUUAUAUCUAAUUAGUAUUAAAUUUAGUAUGAGUUAGAGUAUUAAUUUU